CUCACACUCACACUCACACUCACACUCGCACAGAGAAAGUUGAUUAUAGAGAGAGGGAGAAUCACACAUACACAGACAAAGAGAAAAUGGCGUGGUGCGCAGCAAGGAGCUUCCAAUUACCGGCGAUUGACGGCAGCGCACUUCGCGUCAAAGGCCAAAUAGCCGCCGGAGUAGGUUGCGUUUCAUUCGCUGGCUCCAACUUCUGGCGCUCCCCUUCUUCUACCUCUCGUUCUAAACCCUUUGCUUGCCGUGCCGUUUCUACCGAUGCCGGUUUAAAGGAAGUUGUUCAAACUGACAAGGCUCCUGCAGCAUUGGGACCAUAUUCUCAAGCCAUCAAAGCAAACAACAUGCUCUUUGUUUCUGGUGUUCUAGGUCUUGUGCCAGAGACUGGAAAGUUUGUAUCAGAAGAUGUGGAGGAUCAAACUGAGCAGAUUCUCAAAAACAUGGGUGAAAUUUUGAAAGCUAGUGGAGCAAGCUAUUCAUCUGUUGUCAAAACGACAAUUAUGUUGGCAGACUUGAAAGACUUCAAGAAAGUAAAUGAUAUAUAUGCUAAGUAUUUUUCAUCCACACCUCCAGCUCGAUCAACUUACCAGGUUGCGGCAUUGCCUCUUGAUGCGAGAAUUGAGAUAGAGUGCAUUGCUGCGCUGUAGGUUCACUCUUUAAUUAAUUUCGUUUCUGGCUGACAUAGAGGAGAUCAAUAAAUUAAGUUAUCACGGCUGAGGAGCAUCUUGAUGCAUUGAGCAUCCUAUUCCUACUAUGUUUGUUUUAGUUUCCUUUUACUUGCUGUUGGAUGUACAUGAUUCAAUUCUCUUAACUCAAAGUAUGUCAAAAUUUAACCCUUGAUCUCAUUGGAUCUCACGUCUUACUGUGUUGGGUGGGUGCUAUUGGAUUCUUGUUCCUUUGCUUUGA